CAUAUUCCACUUAAGAAGAUGGACACCAAAACAAAAACGACAACAAGGACCCUCCACGCAUUAUCGACAACGUAGCCAUGAAGAAGAGUCAUUCGGAACAGACGUUCUAAUUAAUACCAUUUUUCUUUCUUUCUUUCUUUCUUCCUUUCUGUUUUGUUUUUGGGAGGGACUUCUGGGUUAUGAAGAGUUAUUAUGUGUGAGAAAGAAAACAGAGGAAGCCCUGAAACCAGUACCAGUUUUAGCACGCAGUGAGAUUUGGAGAAUCCUUCUCAUGAAUUUCAUUGGGGCUUCAUAUGGGUUAUUGGUUAACUGCAAAACCCUGUAAGAAUCUGGCUUUUCUUCUUCUUUUUCAUUAGUUCUUCGGUUGGAACCCUUUUUCCUUUGUUCUUGUUCGACUGUUUAGCUGAUUUCCUAGUCGAAAUUUUAGUCCUCUGUGUCAGCUGUGUUUAUUUUUUUUUUUUUCAUUCUCUUAUUUAAUUUGUGUUUCGAAUUUUGAAACCAUAAUCCUCCAAUUGUCUGUACCCUUGAACCCUUUUUCUUUGUAUGUCCUUGGUACGAUAGUACAUUUUGUUAGGUUGUUGUCUCAUGCUUUGGUUUGAUCGCGUCCUUAUUGUUCUAAUCCAAGGAUGACACUCGAUAUUCCUAUUUGAUACAAUUUGUUCUUUGCAAGAAAGUUAUAACAAUUUAGAAAUUAAGAAAUCUUCCAAGUCUAGAUUAGAUUAUCUUGAGAAGUAGAGUUUGACUCUCUUUUUCUUGACAAUAGUAAUCUUGUCGCUUUCUUUUUCACACGUACCUAAAUCUGUUGUUGUGUUGUUAUAUGGCACCAAUGUUUCAAGAUGAAGGUUCAUCAUCUGUAACUUCAUCACCUCUGCGAUUUUUUUCCAUGAUGUCACUUUCUCCUAGCUUAGGAUCACCAUACCCGUGGCUCAAAGAGCUCAAAUCUGAAGAGAGAGGUUUGUAUUUGAUCCAUUUGCUGCUCACCUGUGCAAACCAUGUAGCAUCCGGUAGCCUUGAGAAUGCCAAUAUUGCGCUUGAGCAGAUUUCCCAGCUGGCCUCUCCUGAUGGUGAUACCAUGCAGCGGAUUGCUGCUUAUUUCACUGAGGCUCUUGCAGAUCGUAUCCUCAAAAGUUGGCCUGGUCUUCACAAGGCCCUCAAUUCGACUAGAAUGUUUUUGGUUUCAGAAGAAAUUCUAGUUCGGAAAGUGUUUUUCGAGCUCUUUCCGUUUCUCAAAGUUGCUUUUGUUCUGACCAACCAAGCUAUCACUGAAGCCAUUGAAGGUGAAAAGAUGGUACACAUAAUAGAUCUUCAUGCAUCUGAACCUGCACAAUGGGUUGCACUUCUUCAAGUUUUAAGUGCAAGGACUGAAGGCCCGCCACAUUUGAGAAUUACUGCAGUUCAUCAACAGAAAGAGGUACUAGAGCAAAUGGCUCAUAGGUUGAUUGAUGAAGCAGAGAAACUUGAUAUACCAUUUCAGUUUAACCUUGUAGUGAGCAAAUUGGAAAAUCUUGAUAUGGAAAAACUUCGUGUCAAAACUGGGGAGGCUUUAGUUGUGAGUUCUGUACUUCAGUUGCACUCUCUUUUGGCUUCUGAUGAUGAACUUCUGAGAAAGAAAUCUCCACUGGGGCCAAAGACUUUGAAUGGAACUUAUUUUCCUAGAGCCUUCCAAGUGAACCAAAGCACAUUGGGUGAGUUACUUGAGAAAGAUUUUGUUAAUGGGUGUAGCCCAAGUCCUGACUCAGCUUCGUCCUGGCCAUUAUCUUUAAAUGCUUCAGGAAAGAUGGAUGGCUUUCUUAAUGCCUUGUGGGGUUUAACCCCCAAGCUUAUGGUAGUAACAGAACAAGAUUCUAACCAUAAUGGUUUAACUCUAAUGGAGAGGCUACUUGAAGCUCUUUAUUCAUAUGCUGCAUUGUUUGAUUGUUUGGAAUCUACUGUGUCGAGAACACCAUUGGAGAGACUAAAGGUGGAGAAGAUGCUCUUUGGGGAGGAAAUUAAAAACAUCAUAGCUUGUGAAGGGCCUGAAAGGAAGGAAAGGCAUGAAAAGCUUGACAAAUGGAUUCAAAGACUCGAUUCAGCCGGCUUCGCAAACGUACCUCUUAGCUAUUAUGGUAUGAUGCAAGCUAGAAGGUUGUUACAAGGCUAUGGCUGUGACGGGUAUAAGAUCAGGGAAGAUAAUGGAAAUGUUUUGAUUUGCUGGCAAGAUCGGCCUUUGUAUUCAAUAUCAGCUUGGAGAUGUAGAAAGUAAUAUCCAAAUUACAGAUCAGUGUUUAACAGUUUCCUGUUACUUUCUUAUCAUUGAAAGAUUUUUUUUACUUCAUUAGAGAAUACCAUUAGAGUGAGUGAACCACUCUCUUUCUCAGCAGAAAGAAGACAAUGACUGGCAUCUUUUUUUACAUUCUUUUCCUUCUUACAUUUCAUUUGUUUCAUUUCUCAUUUUAUAUGUGAUUCAAUCAAUACUGGCCUUUUGUGCGUGUGUACAUAUUAACGCUUGUUGAGCGUGUAUAAGCUUUUAUUGGAGCUUUCUUCCUCUCUCCCCCUCUCUUUCUCUA